GGCGCUGAAGGAACCCAAAGAACUGAAUUUUAUCUUUGGGGUGAAUAUUGAGCGGCGUGAAUUGGAUGGCAUGUUCAUUUAUAACUGCAGUCGACUGAUAAAGAUGUAUGAGAAGGUGGGCCCGCAGCUGGAGGGUGGCAUGGCAUGUGGUGGAGUGGUAGGCGUGGUGGAUGUGCCCUAUUUGGUUCUGGAGCCAACCCAUAAUAAACAAGACUUCGCUGAUGCCAAAGAGUAUCGACACUUGCUGAAGGCCAUGGGAGAGCACUUGGCACAGUACUGGAAGGAUAUUGCUGUAGCCCAGAGAGGUAUCAUUAAGUUCUGGGAUGAAUUUGGUUAUUUGUCAGCAAACUGGAACCAGCCUCCGUCUAGUGAGCUGUGCUACAAGCGCCGGAGAGCCAUGGAGAUCCCUACCACAAUUCAGUGCGAUGUGUGUCUGAAGUGGAGGACUCUCCCAUUCCAGCUGAAUUCAGUGGAUAAGAAUUACCCUGAUACCUGGGUGUGCUCUAUGAACCCUGAUCCUGAACAAGACAGAUGUGAAGCUGCAGAGCAAAAGCAGAAGGUGCCACUGGGAACUCUGAAGAAAGACUUGAAAUCAUAUGAGGAAAAACAGAAGCAACUCACAGUGAAAAUCCGCCAGCAGCAGGAAAAGCUGGAAGCUCUGCAGAAAACCACUCCUGUUCGAUCUCAAGCUGACUUAAAGAAGCUGCCUCUGGAAGCAACCACCCGGCCUGCACGGGAGAACAUCCAAUCACAGACCCGACCUCAGCGCCCACGAUCUCCUCCUUUACCUGAUGUUAUCAAGAAUGCUCCCAGCAGACCACCACCACCACCACCUACACCUCUUCCCAAGUCCGUCAGUCAGCUGAAAAAGAGUUCUUCAGAUUGCCUGAGUGGCAGCACUCCCAAAGUGGGGAGCGUUCUGUCCAAGGAGGAGGCCAGCACUUCCAGGACACACCACGCUGCGGCAGCCAGCAGGUGUAACAGCGCUUCAGCAGCUCUUCCCAAACCAGCUGCAGCCACAAAGCCACCCUCUGCUGGCUUCCAGAACCUCAAAAGCUCAUGUGAGACACCUAGUCCAAAAGCUGCCAAGGUGCCAGCACUAAAGAAAUCUGCCACUGUCAAAUGCCCACAGGCCUCCACCACUCGGAAGAGAACCUUGAACACUACAGGGUAUGGGUCUGAGGAGCGGGAGCACAAGAAGGAGAAGACAAAACGGGGCAAAUAUUUGGGAGUGAAAGAAGAGAGGGAUUCCAGUGAGGUGGUGGUAGAGCUCACAGACAGCACUGAGGAAGAAGACCUGGCAGAACUGAAGAAAGCUCAGAAAGAUAAAGGGCUGCAUGUGGAAGUGCGUGUGAACAAGGAGUGGUUCACAGGCCGUGUCACAGCUGUGGAAGUGGGCAAGCACGUGGUACGCUGGAAGGUGAAGUUUGAUUAUGUUCCUACAGACACCACACCACGGGAUCGCUGGGUAGAGAAGGGCAGUGAGGAUGUGAGGUUGAUGAAGCCUCCCUCUCCUGAAUACCAGGCUCCAGAUACACAGCAGGAAGAGGAGAUUGUCGUGGCUGAACCUUCUACCUCAGACUGUGUCAGAAUUGAGCCAGACACCACAGGUCCCAGCAGCAGCCAAGAAACAGUAGACUUACUAGUCCAGAUCCUUCGAAACUGUUUGCGGUACUUCUUACCUCCAAAUUUUCCUAUCUCCAAGACGGAGCUGAGUUCCAUGAGCCCAGAAGGGUUGUUGGUGUUUCCCUUGAAAGAAUAUUUCAAACAGUACGAGGUAGGUCUGCAGAACCUGUGCAAUUCCUAUCAGACACGUGCUGACGCCAGGGCCAAAGCCUGUGAGGAAAGCCUCCGCACCUCAGAGAGGAAGCUGAAGGAAACGGAGGAGAAACUGCAGAAGCUGAGGACCAACAUCGUUGCUCUUCUGCAGAAGGUGCAAGAGGACAUAGAUAUUAAUACAGAUGAUGAACUGGAUGCAUAUAUCGAAGACUUGAUCACAAAAGGAGAUUGAGCAGCUCCAGUACAAGCCCUAGAGAAGUGCAGAGGACCUGGCUGCUGCAAUGUGAGAUGUGGAUUCCUGCAGUGGAGGACUAUGGCACCUGAUGAGAGAGGGUUUUAGAC